CCACCACAUGCAGUGCAGCCGCCGUCUCUUUGAGAUUCAGCUGUCACACAGACGCAUCAGUGCUGCUUACAUUGAAGGGGACAACGUGGCGGUCACUGUGGAGGGAGAGGCAGCGCGUGUCCUCAACUUUGACACAGGUUGUGGGGUAAAUCUAGGUAUGCGUGGUCUGGAGUCAAUGGGGACAUUCAUUUACCGAACAGCCACCGCUGUGGACCAGAAUGAUAUUCUAGAGGCGCUGUCGGCUAAGAUGCAGCACUCCAGACAUGUGGCCGAGACCUUCAAGCAGACAGGCCUGGCUGAAUCAAUGUAUGAAUGACAUAGGACGAUGUCCAGGUGAAUGCAUAAUGCCACCUAGUGGAAGGUGGUGGUGAAUAAUUUCUGUUUACAAUGAAUGUUUACAAUGAAUCACGAGUCUGAUGCUGAACUAAACCACUAAUGGUUACAUACCGAACGGAGCUGAAUGAGUGUCAGCUUCGAACAGAUGGAUAAUGGAUGUUAACAUGUGCCAAUAAGUCGUUGUGACGUACAGUGAGUAGAUCUACUCUUAAUGUAUGGAGUGAGAAUAACAAUGACCACAUUUUGUCUAGUAUAUUUUUUCUGAUUUUCAGGUUACAAAGCUUGAUGAUACAGGGAACUGCUGCAGAAAGAGAUAGACAGUAUAAUGUCUUACAGAUGCCGUGAAACAAUAUACUCUGACUAUUAAUGCACUGCAGUUUGGAUUAGGAUUUCCCUGUAAAGUGUGAGAAUGUAAUCCAGUGAAAUCUAGCUCUAAGAGACUACGAGUAUUGGGAUUAGAUGAAAACUCUGUGAUCUUUACCGUUUUCAUCACUAUCAUCGUUAGGGAAAGAACUGACUUGAUUUUCAAAAUGGAGCUGAUUGUGCUCUGUGCACAGCACAUCAUAGGCUAGAACUGAAAAUGGUAUAAAGCUAUUAUUGUCCAUGAUUCAACAAGGGCACACACGUGUAGAAUCAGAUGAAGUGAGGAGGCAGCUGCUCCAAAGUGUUAUUAUCAAGCCUUUUAUCUUUGUGUUGGUUUGACAAUGUGGUGGUAAUUACGGUGAUAACGUUGUGAGGUAUUUGCUAAAGUUUCCUAUUUUUGUGUACUGCCUUGUAAAUUAAGGUGUUUGACAUAUUUUAAAUAUAGGGCACUAUAACAAUAUUAUGGGCAAACUGUAUUAUCACAAAUUCAUUUUGCUGGCAUCAGUUUUUUUCUUUCCUUUUAAUAUUUUUGCUCCAGGUGAUCUGAAAGGA